CCGCCUCGCCUCUUUGACUUUCUGAUUCGUUCAACCCACACCUUCAUGAUUCCUCAUGUCCAUCUCGUCGCCAGCUAGCACCGUCAUUUGUGAAGAUGCCAUUCUAGAGGGUCCCAUAACGUUCGGUCCAGACAAUGUUAUUCAUCCUAAAUGUGUGAUAAGAAGCGAAGGAGGAGGAGAAAUUGUAUUUGGCCGGGGAAACAUUGUUGAGGAGAGUGCUAUCAUAGUCAACAGGGGAAGACAAAAGAUGGUGAUUGGUGACGAGAACGUAUUUCAAAUUGGAUGCACAUUCGAAGGCUCAUCUGUCGGAAGCGGCUGCACAAUCGAAGCGCGAGCAUACGUAUCCGUCGGAACAACAUUAGGCGAUAACUCUGUGAUCGGUGCAAAAUGCCAUACACGGCCAAACCAGAUCGUACCGAAUGAUACUGUGAUAUUUGGAGAAAGUCAUACGGCCAGAACUCAAACCAAAUCAAAUAGGUUGCAGGCCAACUUGCAUUCAAGACAUUUGGAGUAUUUGCGGGAGGUGUUACCCAAAUACCAUCAUCUUAUGAAUACUGGCUGACCUGCAAUGGUGGCCUAUAGACUCGUAGCAUUCCUGGUUGAAAGGCUUGGUGGGGCCAGGUGGAGUUUGGACGCGUUGCGAGACAAGCCUUUGAACUUUGUAGAUCGCUGUCAGCAAGGAUGGCAUUCACAAUCUGCAUCUAGACUAUUCAUCAAUAAUACUUAAAUACUCGUUUUGACAAAUGUACGACAAUUCAUCACUGCUGAGCAUCACUUGGUGGUUUAUUAUUUUUGUUGCAAUCGUUUUGUGGUUGGAUAGAAUUGCGGCACGAGAAGCAGAAGGGAAGGAACCAAAUUCCUACCCAAGUCCCGCGAAGCAAAAGUUGAAGCAAGUCCCAAAAGGGCGGAGCACAUGGUCGUGAUUCUCGCGUGAAGCGUACCAAAACAAGCAUGCUCGUCAAGCUAUUCUGGCCUGACGAUCUUCAAAAGUGCGCACAUAUCACCCCAAAGGGAAUCGGAUACUUGGUGGGGUGGUCAACCGGCUCGUCUUCCCUCUGUGUCUCAACAGUAUUCCCACCAACUCUGAAAGAAACUUUGAAGAGCUAUAUUGCAAAACAAGCCAGCAGGGAAAUACCACCCAAGUUGAUUGGACUAUGUGGAUGGGGCAUAGAUGUGAGACGUGAGGAUGUAGAAAAUCUGCUGUCAAAUUUCGAUCAUUCAUUAUUAGGGCAUGUCCUGGUUAUCGUAAGAAUGAAUAGUGACGGAAUACCCUUCCCCAGCUACUGCUAUCAAGACCGUGAAUGUUUAAAGGACACCACUGUCCACAUAAUAUACUUCGCCCGUCCCAAUGCCAGAGCAUUGCAAUAUUAUUCCCUCCAUCCAUUGAUUCUGGAUCUCACCACCGUCCGAGACGAGCUUACAUCUGUCAAGACGGAAGUGGAAAUAAACACGGCACCACCGUCAGUAAUACCGCGGACCGGUCGUAAGUUGUCGCAGCAGAUACAGUCACUCUUUGUGGAGGAAAGGUCGAGUGGACGUGUGGAGUGUUUAGAGAUCUUGCUGCACCAGGUCAAUCUGUGUUUUUCCCUCGAGAGAGCACUCAGCCGACUCCUACAUGCCAACCCUUCUCGUGCGUCAAUUAUUUGGGCUGCUGGUACACGAAUUUUCCGCGCGCCAUUUGCUCAGUAUAUCGGACGAUUCAUCUUACUCGUGACCACAAUUCUACGAGCUACGGCAUUCCUACUUAUCUGGAUGCUUAAUGCGAGGUUUCCUGCGUGGCUGUUUCAAGGCACUGCGCUGAAAGACUUAUCUGCUGCAGCACAACAGGUGGAUCUCCGACUACAGCAAGCGUGUUACUGGCCGUUGCAAUAUAUAAAUUGGCGACGUUCUCCACAAAAACUUUCGAGACUUGCUCAAGCGCGAUAUAUUGGUUUCUACAACACUGUCUGGCUCGUUGCAAAUGACAUUAUUGUUGGCGUCGCUUUUGGGACCUUCCUGAUGGAAAACUCGAAGGCCAUUGCCCAACUGAUAGACUCUGGUAUAUCGAUGUACACACUCGGAACUACACGUAGUAUGAUCUCCUGGCUGAUGGGGGCACCUGCCGGGUUAAAGCUGAACAGUGAACUCACUUCCUUCUUGGGCGAAAUGUUUCUGGAGCUCAUGGUGUUGUGGAGCGACUGGAUUUUCAUACUACGUCAAUUCCUUCCAGAGAUCAUCUACGUGAUCGGAAUGUGUGGAGUCCUCGGCGUAGCGAUGCCAAUAUCUUUACUCUCUGAUCUUCUGUCCCUUGUCACCUUGCAUUUACAUCUGUGCUAUAUUGUUGCCUCAAAGAUCUACUACUGGCAAGUGAAAGGCAUCUUAUCGCUAUUCAUUCUCUUUCGUGGCAAAAAGAAGAACGUUUUGCGUAACCGCAUAGACACAGCGGAAUAUGGUCUCGACCAGUUAUUACUAGGAACCAUUGUUUUCACCCUUCUCAUCUUCCUUUUUCCAACUGUGGCGGUUUAUUACAUCCUUUUCUCGCUGGUCCGGCUGACAAUCGUGCUAAUGCAAGCUGUUUUCGAAAUCAUGUUGGCGAUGGUAAACCAUUUCCCCUUAUUUGCCAUCAUGCUAAGAUUCAAGGAUCCGAAGCGGUUACCAGCUGGUAUCACGUUUGAAGUAUGCUCGCCCAGUUAUAUAUGCAAAAAGGCUUGGUGGAAAAGACUGGUAUUUCAAUCACAAGCAGUGAGCAGGAAAGUGGCCGCUUCGCCAAAAAGUGUGUACAUGGCCAUGAAGAGCGUCCCAUUGGGACUCGAUUCCAUCUUCUACCAAUAUAGAUAUCUUUGGAGCAGACUGCGAACCCAUUACCUGCUCUCAGGUAUUAUCGAUUCUUUGUUUACGGGCAGAAAUAUCCAAAGCAUACCGCGCCUUCAAUAUCCGACAUUACCUUCUCGGUCGCGUCAUCGACCGACCUUUUCGGCGGUCUUUCAGGAGAUUCGCAUGAUUUUUUCGGAAAUAACAGACGCAGAAACAAAAUGCAAACAUAGAAUCUAGCAACGUCAAUUCUCAAACCAUUCUCGAAAAAUCUUGUAAUUACAAAUUACAUAAACUACCACGCCCAACCCAUUCCGAUACCCAAUAGAUCCAGUUUGCC